AUUGAGUUCAGCCGCGGCCUAUAACCGAACUAGAUUGCACACUUGUUAGACUUAACGAUUAUUACCUAUUGAAGCAUGCAUGGCCUUGAUAUCUAAACUGUAAUGCUGGAGAGGAUGCAUCAAGAGGAUGGAGGACGAUGAGGCUGUAUGGCGUGGGAUGCUCUCCAGACACCUCAAUGAUGCCAUCUCAUCUCUAUUGAACCCCACACAACCUCUUCACCAACUCACUGCAUCUGUAGAGAACCAAAUACACCAUAUCCAGGGCACUACCUGUGCAACCUGCAGGAGACUACCAACAGAAUGUGAAGUAUUUAGUAUUGGGAAACUAGAUCGUUUCAAGAAAUCCUUCCGUGUUGAGGUGCCCAAGGAGAGGUGUGAGUGUGUGUCCGACCAGGCACUGAGCAGCUCUCAAUCCUCCACUGAAGUGGAGGAUGCACUGGAUAUACUACCAGUAAUACUGUUGGGUAUGGUCCGACAAGAGGAGGGUGGACUGGCACUUGCAGACUUAACAGGCCAUGUGCUCUGUGAGGUAUCUGCUUCUAUAUCGACACUCAAUCUGAUUGGACGCCUGGUUGUACUGGCACAGUGGAACUGGAUUCCCUCUCCCAAAGGUGAGGGAUACAUAGAGGUGGAAGAGAUGGUGUGUCUGCCACUGAGUCAGGACCCUCCACACGUAGAUCAUCAGUUGCUGUCUAUUGCUAGACUCAAGAACUUAAUGAGUAAGAAGAAGUUACCCUCAAGAACACCACUGUGUGUGUUUGGAAGAGUCAGAGCUCUCAGUGAAACAAAUAGGUCGUAUUGGCUGGUUGAGUUGGAAGAUCCCCUUACCUCGCAUAUCGGACACCCAAUACUCAAUCUGGUGACGCAUCUGCUACACCUGUCCAGUCUACUCAGACUAUCAGAGGUGUACUUGUUCACUGACUUAAGAGACAAACUUCUAAACAAAGGGAGUCCAAAUGAACAGAGAGUUCUUGUGACCACGUCCAGCACCCAGGUACACGCCCACACCUCACUGGAAGAGCCUCCUCUAAAGAGAAGCAAGACUUGCAUAGACAACUCCAGUACAGAGGGCAGCCAGUUAUUGAGUUGUCUGGAGACCAGUCAGUUGCUGGAGGAACCAAUGAGCCAAUCAGAGGGAAGAGCACAUGACUUGGUGUCUUACACAGGCACUAUCACCAGCUGUGUGUUGCCUGAGGCUGGAGUGUAUGAGAUGGAUGGAAUGAUUCGUCUCUACCUCACACACCAGACUACCCCUCAUCAUGGCAGGGGACUGAGAGUGGGGUCAAAGGUUGAGCUACAUAAUGUCCACAUACUCAGAGUUGCAGACAAGCGACUAAGGCACUUGUCUGGCUUGUUUUCCUGCUCUCUAUCAACUGUUCGAGUCUCACAAUUCUCUCAACUGGACACUCCGUUCAUGAUGUACGACAGUAGUAAUCUCCUGUGCUGCUUGGUGAGGAGGUAUAGAGCCAGAGACACGGCCUGGUUGGUGGACACAUUCCUCACUCUCAGGAACAGGGGACUGAGUGCCCAGAGGAGCUUCCGUCUACUGCAAACACUCUGUACUGCCUUGACACUGCCCUCACUGGAGAAAAGGGACCAUCUCACAGAGUUUCUCAGUCAUGGUGUCUCCUGUCAACUGCUAACAGAAUCAACCCUCACACGUCCACCCGUGCUCGCUCAAAUUGGAGGUGUACUGAAUGAAGUGUCAACAGUGACAAACUGCGAUGGGUUUCAGUGGGUGCAAAGCUCCAAGGAAGAUGCUAGUCUGAAUGAUGGUGGUGCUAUCUUGUACACUGUUGCUACCAGAUGGUCUUAUGGUGUGGUGAAGCAUUCAGAGUUUCAAGGAGAACAGAUGCUUGUUGGAGAGUUGAGAGGUGACACUGAAACUGGACAAAUUGAGUUCAAAGACAACACCGGACGUCUGUUGGUUGCUCCCUGUCACAGCCCCACACCUCACGACCACCCCUUCACAAAUGACGCCCCCACGGCUUGUGUGUUGGAUGGAUUCAGAGCUAGUGUACUUAUCUCAGAAUUCGACAUUGUGGCUGAAAAGACUGAAAGUAUACAAAAAGACAAACCAAAUGAAACUCGAUUCUUUAUUAUUGCAAAAAAGACGUUUGUGUGUAAGAAUGCUACGAAAAGCUCGGCAAAAGAAGCAGACGCAACUUUAAGCAGCAUAACUAAAAAGGCACCUUCAAAACUGAUAAUUGAAAUUGUAAAUAAGAACUCAGUUCACGAAAAACUAACCGCAGACACACCCACUCUCUCCUUCGUUGCUCUGGGAAAUGUCUAUACCAUGGACCCUAAGUUCCCAAUGCUUCACAUUGCUUUGAACUUCUCCAAAGAUGUUUUCAAUCUUCACUCGUUCAUUAACAAUGGCUGUGUGUACGAGCUCACUGACUCGAGAGGCCCACUACCUAUGAUCAACAGUCUUGUGGCAAUACCUGCAAUUGAGAUCACGGAAAGUAUGCAGCUGCAGUUUGUGAGGUAUGCGCGUAUAGAAGGAUCUCUGGAUGUGGCAGAGGUGGUCUCUCAGUGUUUCCUGCCACCCAUACCCACCCUGACCAACAGAGAAGUCAAGUCAGUAUCAAGCUAUUGUAACAAGCUUGUGUCUGUGAGGGGCAUUGUUCAGAGUCGUGGUCACCGAAUCGAUGCCAGCUCCCUCCCUCAGACCCCCUCCCCUCCACCUCCCAUGCUCGUAUUCAGAUUACAGAGCGUCUCCACUCCAGACUCUAUCAUGAUAUACUACAAGUCCCCCAUUCUCCAUACCCUACCUCUCGGGCUGGUACCUGGCUGUGAGGUGACUUUCUACUCCUUCAACAUGAAUAUCUCCAAGUCUGGAAAUGUAUACUGUACCAAUAGUCCGUCAAGCAGCCUGUCUGUUCACUCAGUUGAGGGUCUAGACACAAUCGACUCUCAGAGGGUGUAUGGAAUCUCAAUGCCCAUGACUCGGUUACCUACGAUACUGAUCCAUGAGUUAACACAGUGUCUACUGAAUGGUUGUCUACCUCGAAGAGUGGUGUGUGUAAGAGGCUGUCUAUUGUCCACUCAGAAGGUGUGCUUGACGUACAAGUGCAGGGGAUGUCAGUGUGUGAUUGUCAAUGGGCAGUGUAUGGUGGCCUGUCUACAGAGGAGACCAUUCCUAGUAGCCGACGGAAGGUUGGUGAUUGACGAUGGGAGUGGUGAAGCACAUGUGUACGCUGAGGAGGAUCUGCUUCGACAGCUGCUUCAAGUUUCGAUGGCCGAGUGGAACAGUGUUUGUGAUCUGGUCAGGAGAGUCGGAACUGUCUCCUAUACAAAAUCAUUUUCUGCUACACAACACACAGGAGGCUCAAGUCGCUAUGAUCCAUCCCCUCUGGCACAAGCUGAGAAGAUCUUAUCAGCCAUGGCAACCAGUCCGACUCUUCAACAGCCAAUCAAGCUUUAUGCUCAGCCGUUUGUGAGUCAGGGGGAGUUAGGAGAAUGUGUGCUGGGGGUCAAGUCUCGAGCCAUUGUCGUGAAGGAACAGCGCCUCAAUACACUGGCUCUUCCCAGACUACAGCUGAAAGCAAUAGCGUGUACUCUCCUCCAGGGUACCUCCUGUGUCUCAGAGUGCAAGACUCUGUUGAAAGAACUGUCUAUUGACCCCCAGUAAAUGAACUGUACGAGCUCUUUAUGUUUUUUCAUUCUCUUUCGUUCUCGUAUAUAACUCAUGACAUAAUUAUAACUUGAAAUACAUGUAGAAAAAAUUGGUUCAAAGACA